GAAGUUAAUGUGUUGUACCGGCCGUACGCGUAUGCCACGUUGCCUAAGCACCGAACGCUUGACACCUCGCAUUGUUUUCCUGAAUAAAUGUUGUAAAUACAUUGAUUUCCGAAAACUCAGACAGUUAAUGAGACGGUUAGGAUGAUUGCUGGUGACGUGAGGCAUCUUAAGAUGGGCAUAUUUUGGUUAUGUCUUGCCAUUUUUGCAGCCUUUUCAGUCGUGAUUGAAGCGACAGAAUUGACGUUUGAGCUGCCCGACAACGCAAAGCAAUGUUUCUACGAAGAGGUUGAUAAAGGCGUGAAAUGCACUCUAGAAUUUCAGGUUGUUACUGGAGGUAAAUAUGAUGUAGACGUCACUCUCUCAGAUGUUGACGAGAAACAGUUUCUGUACAAAGAGAGAAGAAAACAGUACGACACUUUCAAUUUUACCCCAAAAGAAAAGAAGGUCUUCAAAUUCUGCUUCAGCAAUGAAUUUUCAACAUUUGCCCACAAAGUGGUUUACUUUGAUUUUGUGGUUGGAGAUGAAGACGCACUGCGGGGAAUCGGAGAUCAUGCAACAGCCUUAACACAGUUGGAGACGGCUUGCGUUUCAAUCCGAGACAGCCUUAAGGAGGUUAUAGAUUACCAGACGCAUCAUCGGUUACGAGAAUUCAGCGGUCGAUCAAGGGCAGACCAUCUCAAUCAACGAAUCCAAUGGUGGUCAGCUGGUGUGUUUAUUGUCAUACUGAUAGUGGGUACCGGCCAAGUUAUUGUACUCAGAAGUUUCUUUACAGACAAAAGGCAAACACCAGCCAAAAUAUGAAGAAAUAUCAUUUAUGUGGUAGGUUUGUCUAAUUGAAGUUUGUUUUGUUGCCUGUACAAAUGUCACUCAGAUUGUCUUUUAUAGGAAAUGUUCCUUCAGUAGAAUUACAAAUUUCUUUUGGUGAGGUUUGUUUUUCUGCCGAAACGUGCAAUUUCAAUUGAAGUUUUAGCAUCUAGGAUUGUUGUUGGGAUGGGAAAAGUGAAGAGUCUUUUGUUUGUGUUUUAAUUUUGAUAUUGCACAAAGCACAUGCAAGGGAUGUCAUCAAAAUGAGGUUUUGGGAUGAAAUCCCUAAUUUAGGAAGAAUUCAUUUUUUUUAUGCAACCCCUUUCUGAUUACCUGCAUCUAUCAUAUCUAUAUCACAACGUUCUUAAAACCACACUUUGUUUUUAUCUAAAACCCUUAAAUUCUCAAAUACUUAUCCCAUUGGUAGGGUUCAGUUUACUUUCAUCAUCAUUUAGUGGUCGCAACCGAGAUUCCAUUCAUAAUGUCGCGUCAGAGGUGUUUAUCCCUCAUUAUGUGGGAUAUCAAGGUCCACCGAUUUCAGACUUGGUAUCUCUACCGAUCAAGUCGAUGAAGUUGAGAGGUCUACGUCCUCUAUUACGGCACGGCCGUCUCCACUAUAGUUCACUUUGGAAUAGCCCCACGCUUUAUACUGGGGCCAUGCCUAGUUUUCUCAAACCAAUGAACUGUGCUAAUUCUACAUUUCGGUGAAAAUUCUGUUCUGUAUAAUACACAAAUCAAAAUGUGUUUAGCAAUAAUUGCACUUUCCCCUGACUGCCAUAAAAAUUGAACUUUAGUAGCAAUGAUUUUCUUUCAGAGAAUUUGCUGAUUUUUGUUGUUGCUAAACAUCAUUUGUUUGCAGACUUUUACAUCUAUGGGUUGAUUUUACAAAGAGUUUCACGACACGUCCUAACUUAGGACAAGUCCUUGGAGAUGUAAAAAACGCAUGGCUAGUCCUAAAAAUUACUCGUCAUAACUCAAGAAAAGACUAGUCUUUACUCUUUGUGAAAUCCCUUUUCAUAACAAAAAGUGUUAUUUCUUAAGGAGAGUCUUGAUGUUUUUUAGAAACAGUUGGGACUGUGUAGUCUUUUUUGUGGGGUUAUAUUGUGAAACAUUAUCAUGCAGUAUUUAUGUCAUGUAGUGUGUUUUGAAAGACAUAGCUAUUUUAUACAGUGUUAUUUUGGUUUUACUCAGAAAAAAAGAAAUGUUGUAUAUGUAUUAUGCACCCUAAAGAUGUUACAGGAACACGUUGCCUUGGAUCGGUCAAGUUGGUAUUCGAAAAGCCUUUUAAACCGUUUGUUAUAAGUGCAUGUG